AUGUCUCCACGUAGCGACGCCACUCCUGCCAACAAACGCACUGUUGACGCGCCCGAGGGCCCAACAACUAGCGCCCUGAACAAUGCGUUCCUCACCGUGAAGAAGAUGGGCAAGGCAAAGAAGAACACGCCUAAUACUGAACCGGUUGAUCUCAAGGAUAUCCGCGAGAUGUCCCUGGCCGAUCGGGCUCUCCUGUGCAAGGGCCGCCGUGUCAAGAUCUUCGCGGGCAACGACUUCAUCGUCGACCUCCCGCAGGCUCUCCUCCUAAUGACUUCGAUCAAUGGGCCUAAACUCCUCUGCGGCGGCAACACCAUCGUCCUCCCAACCGGCACGGACAAGGAUGGCGUUAUCCGCCUUGUCAAGUACCUCGACAACAUCGCCCGCUCGCCGAAGAAGCCAUCUCGCAUAGCAGCCAAGCUGGAAACGUUCGAGGAUCUGAGCACUUGCGCCGCCGCCCAGCUCCUAGGUAUGGAGAAGUACACCGCCAACAUCAUGAACCUGUACUGGGCCUGGUUCGCCAACUCGCUCCCAGACUACGACGACCUCGACGCCAUCAUGUGCUUCCCGACCUCGCACACGCGCCUCUUCGACCUCGUCGCCUCGCAGCUCGCCUCGCUCGUCCGCGACGACCAAGUCCCCGACCCGGAGGACUUCGCCGUCUACCUCGCGAACAACGCCCGCCUCGCCGACAAAAUCGCCGACAUCAACAAGAAGGCGGCGGCCAAGGCACGGCGUGAGGCUGCGCGCGAGCGGCGCCGGAAGGAGUUCGAGGCGUGCCAGCAGCGGCGCGAAGAGGCCGAGGCCCGCCGCGCUGAGGACGAAGCCCGUCGUCUGAAGGCGCAGAAGGAGCGCGAGGCGAAGGAUAAGGCGUUCUGGGAGGACAAGAAGAAGACGGAGAAGGAGCUCGAGGCCCGCGUGCAGGAGAAGAUGCGUAAGGGCGCAAAGGCGUUUACUAAGGAGGAGGCGGCGCAUAUUCGCAAGACGCGUGGCAAGACUGUGGCUGCGGUGUGA